ACAAUGCAGUCAUAACCCCACUUUCUCCUCCGAUCCACCACCCUCAUCCCAGCCCUCGCUCUACAACCCUCGCCCUCUCUCAGCCUCAUCUGACUCAACUAUAACCCACGUGCGCCUCUGCCAAUUGCGCCCUCGCGACGUGGCUGGGUUCAGAUGGCUGCUGCUGCUGCUGCAGAUGGUGGCCCUGCCAGACAUCAGCCGCUCGCCGGCAAAAUAGCCGUGGUCACGGGCUCCACGUACGGGAUCGGGCUGGCCAUAGCGCGCAGGUUGGCCCAGCAUGGCGCCCACGUGGUCGUGAGCAGUCGUACCGAGGAACACGUGGCCCACGCUGCCGAGGAACUCAACGCCGAGGGCCUGAACGCCACGGGCAUCGUGUGCCACGUGGGGGAUGCCGCUCAGCGCACAAGGCUCAUCAAAGAGACUGUGAGCAAGCUGGGAGGGCUGGACAUCCUCGUGCUCAACGCGGCAGUGAACCCGUACGUCGGACCCCUCCUCAACGCCACCGCGGAGAUCUGGGAUAAGGUGCUGGAUGUGAAUUUAAAAGCCCCGUUCCUCUUGGUGAAGGAGGCCGCUCCUCACAUGAAGGAGCGAGGGGAAGGUGCGGUUGUAUUCAUCUCGUCUGUCACCGCUUACUUCCCAAACGAGGACAUAGGCCCCUACUGCGUGAGCAAGACGGCUCUGCUGGGCCUCACCAAAGCCCUGUCGCGGUCGCUUGCCGCCAUGAACAUCCGCGUGAACAACGUGGCGCCCGGGCUCAUCGAGACCGGCUUCAGCGCCGGCCUGGUAAAGGAUGAGAAGAUGAUGGAGAUGUUCAGAAAAGUUACCGCCAUUCCCAGGGCUGGCUCCCCCGAGGAGGUGGCGUCCCUCGUCUCGUUCCUGUGCUCCCGGGAUGCCGGCUACAUCACGGGGCAGACGAUGGUGGUGGAUGGAGGGGGCAUCUCGCGCCUCUAGCGCCCUGCACAACGCAGCCUACACCCUGCGCGAUACAAUCUACCGUCUCUACCCUGCUCUCCACAUGAUGCACCCUACAUCCUGCGCAGUGCACAAAGCAUCCUGCAUGAUGCUUUCUUCACAACGUAUCCAAUCUCACUGCACCUUGCACAAUACAGCCUGCAACCCAGCCCUCUGCUUCGUAGACCUAGCUCGCUUCCUGCACAGUGCACCCCAUUUACCAGCACCCUGCAAUCGGCACGCUUCACCCGUCUCUCUGUGGUAGCAGCUCCUCCCUGCACCACCCGGCUGACUCCACUGCAUGCCGCGUUCUGCACGUUGCCUCAAGGGCGUGUGGGUAAAGCAUUCCCGUGGUAAUUAUUCAAACUAUAACUUUUUAUUUCACCAGGUAAAUUACUUAUAUAACUCUUUUUAGAAGCAAUCUGGCCACAAAUGAUAGUUCAACGGAGUGGCUUAUCUUGUAGAAAUGUAUUGCAGAAAAAUACUCUAAACGCAUGUUUCUAAAUGUAGAGGGAAAAACCAGAUAACCUGGAGAACAAUCCUCGCAACCACGGGGAGGGAGAGAGACAUGCAAACUCCAAAUAUUCAGGUGUCACGGUCCGGAUCGAACCCACGACCUCCUGCAAACUAGGUGAGGGAGUUAACAUUUCACCACCGUGGCGCCAUUAUUUUGUACCAGGUUACACAGUAACAGACUCGAACGAAGACGCAGUCCCUCCACAUGGCGUUUAACAGUUUGUGGGGCAAGCAAGUGCUGUUAGAGCACUUUUUUAGGCCAGCAAGUUAUAUGAGGGGCGUGGGUGGUCAGUUUUACCCAGGAUAGCCACACUGAGUCUCAUGACUUUUCAGGAGAGUCCUGCCAGGAUUUCCCAGCGAUGAUUGCUAUGCACAGUAUAUUCCAACUGAGUAAUUUGCGGGCAAUUUUAUUAAAAUCUGGUCCAUUAUGCUGGGACCUUCAACAUCCGCUCGGAAGCAGACGGCACGUGGUGUCUUUGCGGUGAACACGCUUGUAGCAUUAAACAGGGCGGCCGCUGGAUUAGAACCGCAAACCUCCGCGACAAACGGCGAACGCACUACUGUGACAGAUACACAUGUCGAGUGUGUAAUCACUCAACAUGUGUGAGUGAUUACGCACAACAACAUUGCGUUGAGUAAUUAUACAACAAUGUUGAUUCCACACAACAAUGUUGUAUUGAGUGUAAUUACACGCAACAAUGUUGAUUACACCACGUUUUAUUGAGCGUAAUUACAACAAUGUUGAUUACACACAACGUUGUGUUGAAUGCAAUCACAACAACGUUGUGUUGAGUAAUCACACGCAACAAAGUUGUGUUGAGUGUAAUCAGAAUGUUGUGUAAUUACACACAACAAUGUUGAUCACACACGUUUUAAUGAGUACAGUAUAAUUAAAACACUGUUGAUUACACACAAUGUUGUGUUGAGUGUAAUCACACACAACGUUGUGUUGAGUAAUACAGAUAGUCCCCGAGUUACGAUGGUCCGACUUACGAUAUUUCAAUCUUACGAUGGCGAUACGACAAAAUUGUUAAAUAUUUUGAAUUUCGCGCGGCAGACAAACGCAGCAGCGUACGAGGUACGAUGCUGUACGUUGGGGCGCUGCCGAGAUGUAUGCAUCUCCCGCCUUGUGUGAUGCAGAUAGGAUUGUUUCCUGAAAAAAACUUCCUAUUAAAUUGCAGUUCAUAUAGGUAGGCUCAUAAUUUACCUUGUUUUUUACUGUGCAAUACAGUAUUGUAAUUAAUAAAUACAUACAGUAUAUAGUUUUUACAGUACGCCACUGUAAAUUGCUCUGUUUUGCAAAAUUAUCACCAUUUUUUAAGACUCCUGGGUAGGCAAGGCCAUCUUCGACUUACGAUAUUUUUGACUUACGAUGUGGGUCGUCGUAACGCAUCUCCAUCGUAAGUAGAGGACAACCUGUAUCAUCACAGGCAACAAUGUUGAUGACACACGGGGUCCAAUAGAGGGCGCCGUAGUCGUGGUACGGGGACGCGAGUUAUGAACGCCACUCCGGCGCUGUAAAGCGAUCAGAACCGGAAUAUUUAUUUGUACACUGGAGGAAUCCGAUGAGCUAUGCAGCUCUUUCUCACAGACGUCCAGCGUCUUGGCCGUCACGAUAGAACGAUUAGAACGAGGCCGUUAAACGUGGAGGUAUAAAUGAGGGUGAUGCUGGUAGGAACCUCCUGGUUACACCAGCCCACAGGGGAUUAUUGUGUCCGUCCGUCGUGCAUCCAAAAAUGGGAGGGGUGGGGCUGGGUG